GAAGAUGAGACGAGAGGAGAGGAGAGGAGGGGAACUGUAACUGCAGCCUGACCGGGAAUGAAGGCGCAAGAAUGCCCCAUGAGACGCUGCGGAGGAUCCGCCACAUUUAUGCACGCAAGAAGAAGUGAUUUACCGUGUUGAAUCCUGAAGAGAAGAAUCUGAUCUCGGUCUUGAGAGAUCGUCGUCUUGGCUGAGAAAGGAAAGUUUGUCAGAGAAGGAAGGAGUCUUCAUCAUCCAGCAGAUAUGAGGCUGCACUUUUCUACGAGUUGGAUAUUCCGGGGCUGGAUAACGUGUGCGCUCAUCGCCUUUUACGCGCAGGAUGUGGUCUCCAAAACUCCCCCUUGUGAUGAGUCUCAUUACGUAAAAGGCAACAGAUGCUGUGAAAAGUGUGGACCAGGCUUCCGUGUGCUCACUGCCUGCACUGACUCUCAACCGACUAAAUGUAUUAAGUGCAAUCGCGGUGAAUACCAACCCGGCUGGACCGAAGAGGACCGCUGUCUCCAGCAGAAGUUCUGUGACCAGAUUAAGGGUUUCAUGGCGAGGCCUGAGAACCCUGUGGCAGAGGAGCCGUGUCGCUGCCUCCCCCACCUCCAGUGCUACCCCAUCAACUGUGAGUUCUGUGAGAGGAUUCCCACCUGCAGUGCCGGAUAUGGACUCGAGGUGGAUCCCGACUCUACGAACGGAAGGAAGGUCUGUGUUGCAUGUAUGAAAGGCUUCUUCUCUGCUGACAACAAUGGAGAACAAUGCAAACAAUGGACUAAUUGUAAGGCCGAGGGCAGGACUGAGACACAUCCAGGCAGCGCUCAGGCCGAUGCAGUGUGUGGACUACCUGUGUCUGGUGCGGCGCCCUCCUGGGUCAUAGUUUCAGUUCUGUCAGUCAUCACUGUUCUGUGUCUCCUCAUCCUGCUGCUUUUCUGCUACAAAGACAAACUGAAGUUACUCUCUGUAAAUCUGCGAUCCUGUGUUCAGAAUCUUAAGGGGACCAGGAUACAGCAGGAUACAUUGGCCCCUCUUUACCACAGUGGGGGUCCCAAGUGCACUCCGUGUGAGGUCACCAAACUCAACUGCGAAGCACCACACCACCCAACAGACGAGCCCCCCUGCACAUUCCCCACCUAUGUUCCCGAUGUCAAGGUCUCGCUGCCCUUUACGGAGGAAAUGACAGAGAACGUAGUGCCCAACAGGAAGACGGUGACGGAGGAUCAGAGCGAAGGGUCUGGAGAGCCGGAGGAGGUGUCAGAAGAGGAGGAGGUCACCAGCGUGUCCCCUCUCUUGGUGGGUUCCUGCGUGUGUGUCAUCCCCGUUCGCGAGCCACUGGAAGUCGGGGAGAACGAGGACUGCAGCCAGGCCGUCUGCCCCGGGACUCCAGGAACCUGCUCGUGUGGAGGGCUGGAUGGAGAGAAGGAUGGAGACGAGAGUGGGAAAGAAGAGAGGAGUGAGAGCGUUAGGUCCGACGGUAAUCAAGAAAAGAUGGUUUUGUGCAAGAGUGAAACAGGUGCUGCCUCUCUCGUUUCUCUUUCUCCUCCACUCCUCCACACCUCCUCUGUUGUCCCUCCAUCCAGCCCACGUCCUGAACUCUGCCUGCCCCUGUCCAAGGCUCUGGUGUCGUCCGAGUUCAAACCUAAAGUGACCGACAGGUCACCGCUGAAACAGGAGGAGUUAUACAGACUGGCUAGCACAGACACCACCUCAGCAGAGAAUAGCACAACCUCUGCGAUGACCUCAGUCAGUCCCCUGAUGACGUCCUCGUCUGUUAGAGAUCUGUACCUGGACAAACCCCCCGAGGCCUCUGGCCCGGAGCAAGGCCAGGGUCUUUCCUGGGAGGAUAACAGUGGAAACAAGCUUUCGUGUGGGGACUCAGAACUGCAGUGCUCACCUGAGAGCCUCCACAGUCAGCUGUCGGAACCAACGCUUACCUCAGGUCAAGUGUCGGGGAACAACAACACCACCUUCAUCUCCAGCGGUCAGGUGAUGAACUUUAGUGGCGACGUCAUCGUCGUCUACGUCAGCCAGACGUCAGUCGGCAGCGACGGAGCGGGGCUGGACGAUGCCUUCGGAAGCCCCGUCCAGGAAGAGGCCAGUGAGACGGCUCCGUUUUUCCAACGCGGCCCGAGGUCAAGAGGGGAAUGCUUGUCUCGCGUCACGGUGCAAGACGAGACGCUGCCAGUGCAGGAAGUGAUGGCAGAGCGGCCGCCGGGGAAGUGAACUGCAGCUGUGUCUGUCCAGUCCAUCAUCUCAAUAACUAGCAGAUAGACCUCUGAUCAUUCUUGUUGGUUAUGUCCCCUUAUAUCUUAGCUUAAUGAAAUUACAAAAAACUGUCCUAGAAUGUAAAUAAAGAUGGAUGACGUGUCUCCACUUCUUUACAGUAUCCAGAAAUCAAGCAAAAACAUCCCGGAUACGAACGCUGCCAUCUUGUGCAUUUGGAACAAGAGUGUGCGGCGUAGCAACCAGGUGAUGGAGCCGCGUUAUUGUGGUAUCACCAAUAUAUGCAGUUGACCGGAGUCAGUCUGAGCUGUCAAUCAUGACGUUUCCUAUGGGUUUUUGUAACAUUAAAUAAUUAAAAACGAACUCACCAGAAAAAGGUUUGAACAAACAUCAGCGUGAUGAGAACAACCUUCACUGACAGAAACCAUCUUG